UUGGGCUGUCAGAGUUCUAAGAGUCUAAUACUAGACAUUGCUAUCUUUUCUUGAGUACUUUCUAAGCAUGUAUACAAAGUUGAUCGUAAAAUUUAAGGAGAGUGGUUUUGUAAACAACGUGUUUCUUAUAUCUACAAAUAUUUCUUUUGUGUUACAUACUCCGUGCGUAAGAAAAAAACCCACGAACUAGAUUGAAUUUAGUGCUUUAUUAUUAAAAUACCUCAUAUUUUCUUAAGCAGCUGUCGCCUUGGCGGGAGUCUUAAGCCAGGUCAAUUUGUGAUAUUAGUGAUAGUGACUUUAGCGUUUAAGAAGUAAUUUUAGAUAGAUAUACAUAGAUUUAUAAAUAUGAUUGAAAUAAAAACUGAGAUAAAAGCGGAAGAGAUCGAUAUAAACGAUAUAAAAUCGGAGUACAUGUUGGAGACGCCGCGCGACAUGUUUGCCCCGCAGAACACGGAGCCGCCCCUGCUUUCCGACGACAUCUGGAACAAGUUCGAGCUGGACUUCCCCGAACUGACCGACAUGGACGACAUCUUCAAGGAACUGGAUACCGGCAUCAGCGAGAACUCGCUCUUCAAUUUGCUCAACGACUGCGAGAUCCGCAACCACGAUUGCAUGUGGGCGGGCCACUGCGGCAGCAAGGAGCACCCAGCCGAUGAGCCUAGGCUCCUCCAAACGAUCGUGCCCAUAGUGCCCCCGGUGGUGCACAAAAACCUCGUCAAACCUCCAAACCCACAGAGUCUGCUGAAGCCGCGAGUUAACCUCCAAAACACGGCCGCGGUGUUGCCGCAGCAGCAGGUCAGCCUGAUGCACACCCCUCAAACCCCCCCCAUGAGCGACGACGAGGAGGGUAAGAGCAAGAAAAACGACCUGGUGAAGAUAUUGCAGGACACCAUCUCCGAGAUCGAUUUACCCGACGUCGACGAUGAAGACAUCGAAGAGCUCCUCGAUCUCGACGAUGAAGAAGACGAAGAAGAAGAAGAAGAACAGCAGAAAGUCGCCAAGGAGCAGAAAUACGCCGCCUCCUAUGCCGCCAACGACCACAGUUAUCACAAGGAGAAGAACAGUUACGUCCUAGACACACCCUCAGAUUCAGAAGAGGAAGAGAUCGACGUCGUGUCGGUGGAGAAAUCCUUCAGCAGGAUGGCGAGCUCCUUGCCCACCAACCCGUCCACCAGAGACAGGCAACAGUUGCAGAGACGGAUGGCGACCGCCAUAUCCAGAAAACGGAUACCAACGAACAGCGGCACCAUCAAGACCUUGAUGCCGCUGAACAAAAAAGCGCAAGCGAGCGAAUCGGGCAGCUCUAGCUCGAGCUCCACCACGACGGCCAAAAGACGCGUGCAAGAGAAUAGAGGCGUGAAAAGAACGAAGCAGUACAGGAUGCCAGCGAGCACUUCGCCGUACAAGAAGCGGCAGGUUUACGGCAGCAGCGAUAGCGAGCCUGAGCCCUCCGAGAAGAGGAGCCUGCACAACAACAUGGAAAGGCAGCGCAGGAUAGACCUGCGCAACGCGUUCGAGGACUUGAGGAUGCUGGUGCCAGAGGUGAGCAAGAAGGAGCGCGCCGCCAAGGUGGUGAUCCUGCGGGAGGCCGCGCAGUACUGCGACGGGCUCGGCAGGGUGUCGCAGAACUACAGCAGGCAGUGCGACGAGCUCAAGAGGCAGCAGGAGUGGCUCAGGCAGAGGGUGUCGCAGCUGCGGCGCAACCUGGCCGCCAAGCGGUAAACUCUUAGUCAUUUUUCGAUUUUUGGUCCUUCCGACGCGGAUUUCAUUUCGCGUUCAAUCGAAUUUGUUCAUAACAUUAACUGUGAUUUAUUAUUGAGUUAGAUUUAGAAUAUUAUUUUCUUUUGUGUUAUAUAUUUGUUUUUUAGUGAUUAAGGUUUAUUUCAAAUUGGAAUUUCUUUAUAAUUUAACGUCAAAUACUUUAAAUGGUUCGAGUUUUGUGAUUACCAGCGAAAGGAUUCCUCGCAACGUGAAUUUUUUUUAGUAAAGUACUCAACACUCUCAAUAUAAAUGGUGUUUAAGUGAUCCGUUCGAGGAAUUUUUACUCGCUACUAUUAUGUGAUAAGAUUUUAAAUUUCGUUUUCAUUUUAAUUUGUUUCGUUUUC